UAUCAUUUAUUUUUAGCAAUGUCAAUGUAGGAAGUGUAACAAUCCCAUUUAUUGGGAAACUAUUUAAACUCUUAGUCCUCUGUACUAGUUUUCCUCGGCGUAAACCAUGCCUAAAUAGAAGAAGUAUAAGAACUAGUUGGUUUUAUAUAUAAACUUUCAUUCAAGUAUAUUCGUCAUAUAAAUAUUUUAGGGACACGAAUAAAAAAAUCGUUCUGUAUGCUAAAUCAACCAUCUAAACAGCAACAGUAAAUAAUAAGUUAAUAUAAUUUAGGGACAUCAACUAGAAAAGGAUUAUAUGAUAGCCUAAAAGUUGUCAGCUAUAAAUUUUCCAGUCACAAAAACUUUAUUUUACUGUGCUGAUCUCUCUAUACUUGGAGUUCCCUUUUAUGCCACUGAGUAUCUAGAGGGAAGACUCUUUUUAGAUCCAAAAUUAAUUGGAAUGUCAAAAGAGGAAAAAAGCAUGAUUUAUUAGGAAGUGGCUAAAACAUUAGCUCAUUUACAUUCUAUAAGUUUGAACUAUUUAGGACUUGGAAAGUUGGAAUCACAAACAAGUCAUUAUUAAAUUGUAAAUAAGAAAUUGUACAAUACCUAUAAAUUAAAUGAAACAAAAAUUUCUACUAACAUCGAAGAUUUAUUGUAUUGGUUACCAUUAAAUUAACCAGAGAAAUGUGAUUUAGAUAAUCUAUGUUUAAUUCAUGGAGAUUUUUCAUUAUCUAAAGUUUUAUUUCAUCCAACAGAACCAAGAAUAUUAGCAAUAUUAGAUUGGCAGACAGCCUAAUUAGGAAAUGCAUUUACUGAUUUAGCUAAUUUAGUUGCUCCAUUUUAUAUACCAUAUUCAAAUGGAAGACAUAUAAUCGAUGGAUGGUAAGGAGUAGAAAUGUUGGUUGGUGCUCCAAAAUUAGAAGAAGUUAUUACUUCAUAUUUUAGUGCUAGAUCAACUUAAACAAUCCCAGAUAUUAGAUAUCAAAUAACAAUGGCAAUACUUAAAAAGUCUAUUGAUCAAUAAAUAUUAUUUAAAUAAACAAAGGAAACUAAAUAUUUAGAAAAUUCUGAAUUUUUAUCGAAAGCUGGAUAUCAAAUAGUGUUAAAUUUAACAGAAGGAGAUCCAUUUGGUAUUAAAAUGAGGGCAACUAGUGAUAGUUCAUUAUGGUCAAAUUGGCCAGUAAGUGAAAGAUGCAAAAGUUAUUAUUAUAGAAUAAAGGAUUUCUUGAAGGAUGAACUGUUUCCAGUUGAAAAGUUGAUCUUAGAUAAAUCAAGAUAAGUACCAACUUCAGAUUUAAAUAAAGGUGUUCCAGAAGUUGAAGCUUUAUAAAGGAAAGCUAAAUCUUUAGGGUUAUGGAAUUUAUUUAUUUCUGAUCCAAUGUAUGGGAAAGGUUUAACAAACUUAGAAUAUGUUUUUAUAUCAGAAGUAAUGGGUUUAAGUUAUUUGGCACACGAAAUAUUUAAUUGUUUUGCUCCAGACACAGGCAAUAUAAAACUUUUAAUUGGUUAUGGAACACCAUAUCAAAAAGAGAAAUAUUUAAAACCAUUAAUUGAAGGAGAAUGUAAGUCAUUUUUUGCAAUGUCAGAAAAGAAUGUAUCUUCAUCAGAUCCAAAUAAUUUCUAAUUUACCAUAACUCCAACAGAAGGUGGCUAUAUAAUUAAUGGUGGUAAAUGGUUUGUUUCAAGUGCUCCAGAUGAAAGGGCAAAGUUUGGAAUAGUGAUGGGAAAAUCUUCUUAGGAUAUGUCUAAUCCAAUGGAAUCAUAAUCAAUGAUUAUAGUGGAUAUGCCUAACCCAAAUAUUAAGAUAUUAAGAUAACUUGCAGUUUUCAGUUAUUAUGAUCUUCCACACAGUUAUGCUGAAGUAGAAUUUAAUAAUGUUUUUAUACCAAAAGAGAACUUGUUAGGAUAAUUUGGUGGAGCAUUUAAAAUGGCUCAGGGUAGAUUAUUAGGGGGAAGAUUACAUCAUUGUGUUAGAUAGGUAGGAUUGUCAAGAAGAGGUUUAGAUUUGAUGAUGAGUAGAGCAGAAUAAAGAGUUAUGUUCAAGUAGAAACUGAAAGAUAAUGCAGCAUUUUAAGAGAGAUUAGGAGAGUUAGAAAUUACUCUCUCAAACUGUAGAUUAUUAUGUCUUAAUGCUGGUUUGUUAUUGGAUUCAGCAGGAUCCAAACACUUGCAUACAUUUAUGGCAGUCAGUUAAUGUAAAGCUUACGUCCCAAAAGCAUGUUAAAAGAUGAUUGAUUCAUGCAUCUAAGCAUUUGGUGCUGAGGGAGUUACUGAAGAUUAACCUUUGGCUAUUUCUUUCCGAAUAGCAAGAGCAAUUAGAUUAAUGGAUGGACCUUGUGAACUUCAUCUAAGAUAAAUUGCCAGAUUUGCAUAUGGUAAUCACCUAUUCAAUGAUCUGAAUAAUGCUCAAGGAUAUGGAUUAGCUAAGUUAUGAAAUUUCAGUAUGUAACAAAUAUAAAUUAAAUAACAAUUUAAAUA